GUCGUGAACCGCAUCGACGAGUGGCAGCUUCUCGGGACAAUUGAGUUGGCCGACCCUCAAUCGCGGCUAUGAUAAUCAGGGAGUUUGGUUUUCGCCAUGGCCGCAAGGCACUGGCGACGCCUCUACGCCAAACAUGGCUCCGCACACUAUCGACAGAAACAUCAGGCACACCCGUAGCCUUCGCCGAUCCAGCUCUUGAGUCCGCACUUCAAGGCUCACCAGACACCCGAACCGUCACCAAGACCCCUGCACUAUUCAAUCAGGCCGCGAAACCUACCCGCCGCCGACCCGUAAUCCCCGACACGACCAAGGAAGACUGGGAAGCAGCUCAGGAACUGCGCAGGAAUAUUGGUCGAGUCGGUUCAAGGAUCCAGCGCACUUACUCCCCCUUCGACGUCUUCCGCAACCCUCCCGGUCCCAAAGAUGUCACUCUUGAGCUUCUCAUGGCCUCCCAGGCCCAUAUGGGUCACCAUACCUCCGUCUGGAACCCAGCCAAUGCCCGGUACAUCUACGGUGUUCGUGAAGGCAUCCACAUUAUCUCUCUGGAAGAAACGGCAGCACAUCUCCGUCGCGCAGCCCGCGUUGUCGAGGAAAUCGCCUACCGUGGUGGUCUGAUUCUCUUCGUGGGCACACGACCGGGCCAGACUCAAAUCGUCACACAAGCGGCGCGUCUCGCCGGCGCAUGCCAGCUGUUCACCAAAUGGAUCCCCGGCACAAUCACCAAUAGUGACAAGAUCUUGAACCGCAUGCCCAUGAAGGUGGUGGACCAGUUUGACCAGGAGCUGCAAGGGUUCAACUCCCAUUUGAUGGAGCGGAGGGCGCUGGUGCCCGAUCUGGUCAUCUGCUUGAACCCCAUGGAGAAUUUCACUAUGCUGCGCGAGUGUGGGCAUGUCAAUGUUCCGACUAUUGGCGUCAUUGACACGAAUGCGGAGCCUACCUGGGUUACUUAUGCUAUUCCCGCCAACGACGACAGUCUUCGAUGUCUUGCCGUAAUAGGUAGCGUUCUCGGUAGGGCAGGUCAAGCGGGCCAGCGCCGGCGACUGGAAGAUGCCAAGAAGGGUAAGGUGGAGUGGACCACGCCAAUGGAGAUACAGCAGUGGAUGACGAUUCAAAAUCGACAGGCCGAGUAUGCGGCGCGGGCUGCAAGGGAGAAGCAGGAAGAGAAUGCCUCGGCCGCGAGUGCGUAGGGCUAGAAGUCAGACUGGCCUAGUUCAUCGGGAGGCGGUUGUAGCGGAUCCCAGUGGAAGUCCCUGGACAUAGGGGGAAUCGAAAACCCAUUGGCUCUAGAACUGUAGAUUUUCCUCGGAAAGCUCAUCGUAGACUCGGGACGUGGCCGAGAUGUGUUGCAGAUUAGGGUAUCUGUAGGCUAGAUGGGUACAAGGCUCCCCCGAGUCGAAAGACUCAGAGAUGUAAAUUAGAAAAAUGUCUUAGGCUCUGGCUACUCUGCGCUCAGUCCAUAUAUCUGUUGGACCACGCACAGUGCUACAUGUGCCGCUGUUCUGGGACGUCUUUAUGUCAGGAAGCUUGCUCAGGUCAUUAAUUCAUAGGUAAUGAGGCUGUGGCGGCACUUGCAAGAUAGCAAGGUACAAUAUUACACCGAGAUAUUGAAUCAACAGCAUUCAUC